UCUGUGUCGUGCGUAUCUUAAAUGAACCGUACAUGUGUUUGAUGCUGCCCCUAGAUGGCAGCACAAGGGAGCUAGCUGUUGUUGGCUGGAGAGCGCCAUGUUGUUGUUAUUGUUUUGUUGUGUACUGAGCUGGUCGGAGUGACCGCUCCGUGUUUAGAAGAUGAGCCUUGCCCUUAUUCGUUCAACUUGAGUGCUCUGCUGGAACUCAAUACAGAUACUCAAUACCAUUACGUUACCUUACGUUACAUGGUGUCAGAAGAUGGCGACGAACUUUCGCCCCCCACCAGAAAUAAACAUGGCGUCGCCGACACUGGGUUCCGAAUGGCGACAGUGGCGAAGAGAAUGGAAAUAUUAUGCAGUGGCAUCCGAACUGAUGACAAAACCGCCACUGGUACAGGUGGCUACGUUCUUUAACUGCGCAGGACGUGGGGCUCAGGAAGUUGCGUCGCAUUUUCCCGACUGGGAAGAGACAAAUGGCGACCUUGAAACGCUACUGGAGCGCUUCGAUGCGUUUUGCAUCCCACGGCAAAAUAUCGUCAUGGAACGAUUCAAGUUUUAUAAUCGAACCCAAGGGCCGGGCGAGCCCAUCCUGCAAUUCGUGGCAGCUUUGAGGACCAUGGCUGCAACAUGCGAGUUCCCGGAUCGCGACAAUAUGCUACGGGACCGCGUUGUGAUGGGUGUGAGGGACUCCCGCACACAGCAGGCCCUUCUGAAGAAGUCUGGCCUCUCGCUCACACAGGCGAUUGACAUCGCACUUGCCGAAGAAGCGGCCAGCCGUGACUCCAAGUUGAUCAGCGCCGGAGACGAGCAGCGGCCGCCGACUGAGAGUGGAGUAGCUGCAUCUAUGGUGGCCCGACAGUGUCGCUUCUGCUGCCAAUCUCACCAGAUGGCUCGAAAGUAUUGCCCAGCGUGGGGCAAAACGUGUGCAGUGUGCCAAGGCACGAACCACUUCGCCGGCAGCCAGCAGUGCCCGGGGCGCGCCGCUGAGCCGCGCCCGCGCCGCCCAGCCGGCGGCAGCGCUCAGCCGACGGCGCGCCGAUCAGCUGACUGGCGGCCGGCUCCAGCCGCCGCGCAGGGACGGCGGCCGGCGAGUCGGCCGGCGGCGGCGGCGGUACAGCCGGAGGUAUCACCGCCAGCCAACGUCAGCCCGGAGGCUGAGUUCGACAUCAUGACGACCGAAGGUUUUCCAACGGCUGGAGGCGAUUCGGGCCGCCACUGAGGCGGACCCUGUUCUGACGACGGUCAUCCGACAGCUGCAGCUGGGAUGGCCGGAUGACCGGCGCCGCCUGCCGGCCAGUCUAAGGGCCUUCCACCACCUCCGUGGGGAGUUGGCCUCGGAAGACGGCCUGCUAUAUAAGGGACGGUGUCUGGUGAUACCCUCGUCUCAGCAGCGGGACAUCAUUACCAGACUUCACAGCACCCACAUCGGGGUCGCCUCAAUCCUCCGGCUGGCGCGACAGAAUGUGUUCUGGGUCGGGAUGACAGCCAUGAUUAAAGAGGCGGUCCUCCGGUGUCCGGUUUGCCUGGCAUACCGGCCCUCGCAGCCACCAGAACCUCUGUCCCCGCACGAGAUACCGAGUCGGCCUUGGGAAAAAGUGGCCAUGGAUUUGUUCGACCUUCGUGGAGAGACGUACCUGCUGAUUGUGGACUAUUUUACGAAUUUUGUGGAGGUCGAGCCCCUCAGCCGCUUCACGGCCGCACAUGUGAUAUCUGCCCUGACCUCUCAGUUUGCUCGGUACGGCCUACCAGAGACCCUUAUCAGUGAUAACGGACCCCCUUUCAGCAGUGACGAGUUUCGGUUAUUCACUAAGGAGCUGGACAUUCAGCACAAGACCAGUAGUCCGCGCUAUCCCCAGUCGAACGGCAAAGCAGAAAAUUCUGUUAAAACCGUGAAAAACCUUAUGCGCAAGGCUAUGGAAGAUGGCAAAAAUCCACUUUGGGCGCUACUCAUGUGGCGCAACACCCCCAGUGAGGGGAUGUCUGUCUCACCGGCACAAAAACUGUUCGGUCGCGCCUGUCGCACGUUCCUACCGGCCCUCCGGUCCACCCUCCUCCCGUGCCACCCCUCCGACGUGCCGGAGGCCCUCGCGCGUCAGAAGGCCCGUCAGGCUUCGUACUACGACAGAAAGGCUCGACCUCUGCCUCCCCUGAUUCCCGGCCAGUCGAUUCGGAUGCGUCUUCCCGGUCAGAUUACGUGGUCCCCUGGCAUAUGCCUUCGCGACGCAGGCCCCCGCUCCUACUGGGUCCGGGUCGACGGCGUUACGUAUCGCCGCAACCGCCGUCAGCUACUGAGCACCAGUGACCCGCCUCCGCCGCCCCCGCUGGUGGUUGAGGAGCCGCCCGUUUCUCCGCCGGACCGGCCCGUCUCUGAGCCGCCUUCGUAUAUGCCCCGUGGGACCGAUUCGCCGAUGUCCUCACCGCCCUCUGCGCGGCGCAGCUCUCUGGGCUCCGACUCCCCGGCCCCAGUACCCCCGGCCCCGGCACUGGACCCCGGUGACUAUCGCAGUUCCCUCCGCCGAUCGGGGCGCGUCUCCCGGCCCCCGGCCUACUUGGCCGAUUAUGUGCCGCGAUAGCCUCUGUCCGGUGAGAUCGUGACUCGGCGCCCCUACAUCUGACUUGUAGUAUAUGCGUGUGGUAACUUGUGUCCCCGUUUUGUCUAAUACACCAGGUAUUGGUGUUAUUGGGCUCAAUCGGUGUUAUUGGUGUUAUUGGAUUGUUCUGAUGAGAAGAGGAGAUGCGUCGUGCGUAUCUUAAAUGCACCGUACAUUGCGCGUGCCUCCGCUGAGUGCAUCGUAUGUUGCGCGCGUGCCGCGAUAUGGUGCAGUGUGAUGUUGCUUCGAGUGUUGCCGCGAUUGAUUGUUCUGAUGAGAAGAGGAGAUGUGUCGUGCGUAUCUUAAAUGAACCGUACAUGUGUUUGAUGCUGCCCCUAGAUGGCAGCACAAGGGAGCUAGCUGUUGUUGGCUGGAGAGCGCCAUGUUGUUGUUAUUGUUUUGUUGUGUACUGAGCUGGUCGGAGUGACCGCUCCGUGUUUAGAAGAUGAGCCUUGCCCUUAUUCGUUCAACUUGAGUGCUCUGCUGGAACUCAAUACAGAUACUCAAUAC